AUGACUCCUGAGGUGGGAAAGAUGCGCGCAGCCUUCAACGACAUAAAGAGAAAGCUCCGCGAUGGAGUGUCAUGCAACCUCUUUUUCCCUGCGAAGCUGGUUGUCACAGUGAAAGGAGAAAGACAUUCAUUUGACUCACCUCAGGCAGCCGAGUCCUACCAACAACAUGUGAAGGCCUCUACCACUUUUCCACUGGCAAACGGCCAGGGGCCAAAAAAAUGGAAGAACGCCUUGGAGAGGAUCGAUGCUUGCCCCCUGCAGAGCAACACGAAGGAUCUGUUUGGGAGAAGCCUUCAGUGCACCUGCGGGUUCCACAAGCACAUCUGUCAUCAGGCACUGGGUCUAGUGCUGCUGGGUCCAGUGGUGCUGCUGGGUCCAGUGGUGCUGCUGCGUCCAGUGGUGCUGCUGCGUCCAGUGGUGCUGCUGCGUCCAGUGGUGCUGCUGCGUCCAGUGGUGCUGCUGCGUCCAGUGGUGCUGCUGCGUCCAGUGGUGCUGCUGCGUCCAGUGCUGCUGGGUCCAGUCGGGCUGGGACCAGUGCUGCUGCUGGGUCUAGUGGUGCUGCUGGGUCCAGUGGUGCUGCUGCGUCCAGUGGGGCUGCUGCGUCCAUCCGAGUCAGCACAGAGGAAGAGGGAGUCCGAGGAGACACAGAGGCAGGAGCAUCAGCUGCAGCACCCGGAGUGCAGUGCUUCCAGCUCAUUAUGCGGCACUCAUGAAGCCAUCCCCACAAAAACCAACUGUGUUGCCACCAACACCAUCUCCAACACCAUCUCCAACACCAUCUCCAACACCAUCUCCAACACCAUCACCAGCACCAUCACCAGCACCAUCUCCGCUCCCCUCAUGCAGUUCUGCCAUGCCACCCCACACUCCGUUCAAAGCACCAUCCAUUAA